GCUGAAACACAGGCACGGUGGGGAGUGUGACGCUGCAGUGCCAGGAAGGCCACAGCCCUGCUGCCCUCCACACCCCCUCCCACCACCGGGAGCAGCCUCCACCCUCCAGCAGCCGGAACCCUGUGUCGGCCUCUACCUGGGAAGCCUGCUAAACGACCUGAGCUCUGCUUGGGACCCGAGGUGGAGGGAGUGCCGUCCAUCACCUGUUUGCCUGCUAGCCUGGCAGGCCCCCGCAGGGUGCAGCGAUGCUCAUCUCAGCUGCCUCCAUGGCCCCUGAGGCUGUUGGCCCAUGCCCCCAAGGCCCCCCUGGACCCCCACCGCCCCUCCUGCCCAAGCCGGGGAAGGACAACCUGCGUCUGCAGAAACUUCUGAGGAAGGCAGCCCGGAAGAAGAUGACUGGGGGCGGGCCCCCUGCCCCGCUGGGGGCUUUCCGCAUCUCCCUGUCCCCUGUGAGUGAGGCCAGCCACGACCAGGAGACCACAGCCCCGCAAUCUGCCGAGGCCCCGCGCCCUGCCGAAGCCCGGCGCCCUGUCGAGGCCCCACGCCCUGCCGAGGCCCCACGCUCUGCCAAGGAGGCCCCACGCCCUGCUGAGGCCCCGCGCGUGGUGGCUGCACUACCCCGCACCCCCCACACCCCCGUCAUCCACCACGUGGUGUCCCCCCUUCAGAAAUCCACAUUCUCCUUCAGCCUCACCCAGCGCAGGAGCCUGGCCACUCACUUUAAGGCCACGAGUCCCCAGCUGGUAACUCCGGCCCCAGAACCCACGCGGUCCCCCAGUGGCUUCGCCCAAGUCUUGGCUCCUGCAGUGGGGGCUACCCACGUCAGCCAGGUGCACAUUCGGCUGACGCCGUCCCCACAGGCUGGGAUCUCUGAGCACCCCCAGACAGCCCUGGAUGGGGGGCCUGGGAGCCAGGACCAAGACACAACAUUGUGCCUUCCUGGGGCCCAGCCCGUGAUCCCAGUAGCCCAUAUCCGCCCACUGCCCACUGGGGCCCAGACUGCCAGUCCCUGGCCUGAGAUGUCCCCGGUGCCCAGGCCACCCCCUGGCUUCCAGGCCUCAGUGCCCAGAGAAGUCAGCACCCGGGUUGUGGUGCCCAUAGCCCCCACCUACCACUCUCCAGGACUCUCGCCUUACAGGCCAGCCUCUGUGGCCCCUGAUGCUGAGUGCACGGAGGAGCCCCCAACGACUGGCCCUACUGCAGUGCCUGAGCAGGUCUCCAGCCCCCACCGGGCCUCGUCCCCGACUCCACCAUCAGGUCCCCACCCGUGCCCUGUCCCCAAAGUCGCACCCAAGCCUCAGCUCAGCGGCUGGAUACGCCUCAAGAAGCAGCUGAUGGAGGAGCCCCCAUUCCCAGGGCCGGAGCCGGGCCCAGAGCGUGCGGAGCAGGAGGUGACCGUCCCCGCCAGCCCAGCACCCCGGCCUCCUGUCUCCCGGGCCUCCAGGAUGUGGGAUGCAGUGCUGUACCGCAUGUCGGUGGCCGAGUCCCGUGGCAGCCCGGCAGGGCCCAGGGACGGGGCGUGCACCCUGGCCGGCCUCAGCCGCCUACCCUUCCUCUGUCGGCCUCGCUUCAAUGCCCGGAAGCUGCAGGAGGUGGCCACCAGGCCCCCUCCCAAGAGCCACCCUGUCCUGGAGUUGAGCCCCCAGCCCAGGAACUUCAACAGGACGGCGGCAGGCUGGAGGCUGCAGUGAAUGGCUGGGGCAGCCCCAGGGCCCAGGACCAUGGGGGUGAAUACAAGAGGGACUGACGGUCUAGCUGGGAAGCUGUGGCCACUGAAGAGGGCACCAGGGCCAGAUGGGGGCUGAGGGAACCUG